AUGGUUUAUACUAUUGAAAAGAGUCCAGACUAUAUUUUGUCUCAAGAUUCUGCUGUACGGAUAAAGGAGGCAGCUACAGUAACAGGUCACAAUGUGACAGAUUUAAAAUUUAUUGUAAUGUUACGUAAUCCUGUAGUCAGAGCUGUAUCUGAAUACAUUGAACUGCAAAGCCAUUUUGUGUAUGAGACAAAGAAAGGAUUCUAUUGUUUUAAAAAAGUUAUUGGUGACCCAUUGAUAUGUAUGAACGGAGCAAAAGGAAGACCACACCCAUUUGUUGACGAGAAGAUUAUUGAGAAGCUAAAACAUUAUUUUCAACCUUGGAAUGAAAAAUUGUAUUCUAUC